CAGAGGGAAGGGCAGAACCAGCCAUCAUGGCGACAAGCCUCUCCCACCCACAGCGGCGCCCUCCCCUCUUGCGCCAGGCCAUCAAGAUAAGGCGCCGCAGGGUCAGAGACCUACAGGAUGCCCUGCCUCCAACAACCCAGGAGGCCUCCAAGGACACCUUGUCUUUCCACCUUGCUCCCCAGAUUGAGCCUCCAUCCCACCACUUCUCCCCUGAGGAGCGGGACCUGCUCUAUGAGGAAGCACUCUACACUGUCCUGCACCGCCUGGGUCAGCCGGAGCCCAACCAUGUGACUAAGGCCUCGGAGCUGCUGGGAUAUCUACAGGAGGCCUUCCAGCUGCAGCCUGAGGAGCACCAGCAGAUGCUGCAGCGGGUCAGGGAGCUUGAGAGGCCAGUAUUUUGUCUGAAGGCAACAGUGAAACAGGCCAAGGGCAUCCUGGGCAAGGAUGUCAGUGGGUUCAGUGACCCCUACUGCCUGCUGGGCAUCGAGCAGGGGGUGGGUGUGCCAGGGGGCAGCCCUGGGUCCCGGCGUAGGCAGAAGGCUGUGGUGAGGCAUACCAUUCCUGAGGAGCAGACCCACCGCACCCAGGUUGUCAACCAGACACUCAACCCUGUCUGGGAUGAGACCUUUAUCCUGGAGUUUGAGGACAUAACCAAUGCGAGCUUUCGCCUGGACAUGUGGGACCUGGACACUGUGGAGUCUGUCAGACAGAAGCUUGGGGAGCUCACAGAUCUGCAUGGGCUCCGGAGGAUCUUUAAGGAGGCUCGAAAGGACAAAGGCCAAGACGACUUUCUGGGGAACGUGGUUCUGAGGCUGCAGGACCUUCACUGCCGAGAGGACCAGUGGUACCCCCUGGAGCCCUGCACUGAGACCUACCCAGACCGUGGCCAGUGCCACCUCCAAUUCCAGCUCAUUCACAAGAGGAGAGCCACGGCAGCUAGCCGCUCCCAGCCCAGCUACACUGUGCACCGCCACCUGCUGCAGCAGCUUGUGUCCCAUGAAGUCACCCAGCACCAGGCGGGCAGUACCUCCUGGGAUGGGUCACUGAGUCCCCAGGCCACCACCAUCCUCUUUCUCCAUGCCACGCAGAAGGACCUAUCUGACUUCCACCAGUCCAUGGCACAGUGGCUGGCCUACAGUCGCCUCUACCAGAGCCUUGAGUUCCCCAGCAGUUGCCUCUUGCACCCCAUCACCAGCAUGGAGUACCAGUGGAUCCAGGGCCGGCUCAAAGCAGAACAGCUGGAGGAACUGGCCACCUCAUUCACCUCCCUGCUGGCCUACGGCCUCUCCCUCAUCCGGAGGUUCCGCUCUGUCUUCCCUCUUUCUGUCUCUGACUCCCCAUCCCGGCUGCAGUCUCUCCUCAGGGUCCUGGUGCAAAUGUGCAAGAUGAAGGCCUUUGGAGAACUGUGCUCAGACAGUGCCCCACUGCCCCAGCUGGUGAUGGAGGCUUUGAGGACUGGUACAGUGGAAUGGUUCCACCUGAAGCAGCAGCACCAUCAGCCCAUGGUGCAGGGCAUGCUAGUGGCAGGCAAAGCCUUGCUGAACCUGGUACAGGAUGUCAUGGGCGACCUGCACCAGUGCCAGCGCACAUGGAACAAGAUCUUCCAAAAUGUCCUCAAGAUCGACCUCUUCUCCAUGGCUUUCUUGGAGCUACAGUGGCUGGUGGCCAAGCGGGCACAGGACCACACAUCGGCAGUGGGCAGCCCUGUGUCUCCAGAGAUGGGCGAGAGUCUGUUCCAGCUCUACAUCAGUCUAAAAGAGCUCUGCCGGCUGGGCCCAGUCCCUCUAGACAGGGACAGAGUCCUGGCUCUGGAUAGUUUUCACCGCUGGUUCCAGCCAGCCAUUCCCUCCUGGCUGCAGAAGACCUACAGUGUGGCACUGGAGCGGGUGCAGCGUGCUGUGCAGAUGGACAAGCUGGUGCCCCUGGGUGAACUGACCAAACAUAGCACGUCAGCUGUGGACCUGUCCACCUGCUUUGCUCAGAUCAGUCACACUGCCCGGCAGCUGGACUGGCCAGACCCAGAGGAGGCCUUCAUGAUCACUGUCAAGUUUGUGGAGGACACCUGCAGGCUGGCCCUGGUGUAUUGCAGCCUUAUAAAGGCCCGGGCCCGAGAGCUCUCUGCAGGCCAGAAGGAUCAGGGCCAGGCAGCCAACAUGCUGUGUGUGGUAGUGAAUGACAUGGAGCAGCUGCGGCUGGUGAUCGGCAAGCUGCCCGCUCAGCUGGCAUGGGAAGCCCUGGAGCAGCGGGUGGGGGCCUUGCUGGAGCACGGUCAGCUGCAGAACACACUACAUGCCCAGCUGCAGGGUGCACUGGCUGGACUGGGCCACGAGAUCUGCACUGGUGUCCGCACUCUGGCUGAGCAGCUGGAGGUGGGCAUUGCCAAGCACAUCCAGAGACUUGUGGGUGUCAAGGAGUCCGUUCUGCCUGAGGAUGCCAUUCUGCCCCUGAUGAAGUUCCUGGAGGUGGAGCUUUGCUACAUGAAUACCAACCUGGUGCAGGAGAAUUUUAACAGCCUUCUGACCCUGCUGUGGACCCACACACUCACCGUGCUAGCAGAGGCAUCGGCCUCCCAGCGCAGCUCAUCCCUAGCCUCUAGCAGGCUGAAGGUUGCCUUGCAGAACCUGGAGAUCUGCUUCCAUGCUGAGGGCUGCGGCUUGCCACCGGAGGCUCUGCACACGGCCACCUUCCAGGCUCUACAGAGGGACCUGGAACUGCAGGCAGCCUCCAGCCGGGAGCUCAUUCAGAAGUACUUCUGCAGUCGCAUCCAGCAGCAGGUGGAAACCACCUCUGAGGAGCUGGGUGCCGUUACCGUCAAGGCCUCUUACCGCGCCUCUGAGCAGAAGCUGCAUGUGGAGCUGCUCAGUGCCUCCGGCCUGCGGCCCUUGGACUCCAAUGGCUCCAGCGACCCCUUUGUCCAGCUGACCCUGGAACCCAGGCAUGAGUUCCCCGAGUUGGCACCCAGGGAGACCCAGAAACACAAGAAGGACCUUCACCCGCUGUUUGAUGAGACCUUUGAAUUCCUGGUGCCUGCUGAGCCAUGCCAGAAGGAUGGGUCGUGCCUCCUGCUCACGGUGCUGGACCAUGACACACUGGGGGCUGAUGACCUGGAAGGGGAGGCCUUCCUGCCACUGCGUGGGGUGCCUGGGCUGACCAGCUCUGAGGAGCCCAGUGAGGCGCCCCAGAUGCGCCUGCCUCUCACGUAUCCUGCGCCCAAUGGAGAUCCAAUCCUGCAGCUGUUGGAGAGCCGGAAGGGUGAUCGAGAGGCCCAGGCUUUUGUGAGGCUGAGGAGGCAGAGAGCCAAGCAGGCCUCCCAGCAUGCCCUAAGGCCAGGGCAAUAGAGGAGGAGUUGGGGAAUGGGGCUGGUCCCUGGUGGAGUCUUCCCCACCAUGGUUCAUUCCCCUAGCCUGGCCUAAUAUUUGGAGAGCCAUAGCAAGUGUAACGGUCAGAAUGCAGCCUCUCUAGACUCUCCCAUGGCCACAGUGAUGGGUGCAUCAUUAACAGUAUUUAAACUCCCUCCCUUCUUCCCUCCAGCCCUGGCCUCAGCAUUCUCUGUCACAUCCCAGCACAGAGGAAUAACUCCAGCCCCUGCUUCCCCCGCAAAAACUGCUCUGGUGGGCCAGGGUCUAGAGCCCCCUGUCUCCUGGCCUUCCUCCUUCAGCUUUGCUAGGGUGUGGUGGGCCCAGACUGUCAGGACCCAGGCUGUGAGCAGAGCCUCCCUGGGGCUCCAGCUGCCCUAGGGGAAGGGUGGUGGUGGCCAUUAUUGGAGAGACCCAAGGACUUUGGCUCUGGAAUGAGAGCUGGCAGGCAGCAGGGCUGGCACCAAUGGACAGCAGAAAAGACAAUGUGACUGCGUCUGCUGAGGGUUCUUCCUUCAGGAGGUAUCUAUCACCUAGAAACUUUCUUAGAAAAAAAUAAAAAUUAAAAAAUUAUCCACA